AAAUUAAUUAAUGUCUCAUUUAUCACUACUCUUGGUUGGACGCUUGAACUACAUUCUGCAACUUUGUCUUCUCAGUUUUAUCAGGAUGACGAAAACCAACCAGAAAUGUUCCAACGGUGGUGGUAGCGGUAGCACCUGGAACUGGGUUGACCCUGAAGUUUUGAAUACCAAGUCAGACAUCAACAUCGCCAAUCUCACCCCAACCAAACUCCUCCAACCAAAUCAUUCAAGUGUAUCAUUCGGACACUGCACCGACCUUGACCGUGUUUGUUACGGUUCAGGUGAAGAAGAACAAGAACGGUUCUUCUUCGUGUACAAGGCGCUUUUCACUGAUUUGAUGCUACCUCUUCCUUUCUCCGAUUUCCAUAUGAGUAUCCUCAAGAAGAUUGACGCAGCUCCUACACAGCUUCACCCUCACGGUUGGGUCUUCGUUCGGUGCUUCGAACUCCUAUGCCAGUUUCACAAACUCACCCCUACUGUUCCCACUUUCUUCUACUUCUUUCAGUUGGUGGAGAAGAAGAAAGGUGCAUGGCUUCAUAUUCAUGCUCGUCCAGGUCUACAUAAGCUUCUGUCUUUGGAUUUGAGGUGCUUCCGCUUCAAAAACAAUUUCUUCAAAGUCAAGGGGAGUGGUGGUGGUAGCUCUGUUCCUUUCUUCAUGGAUCAGAACAAGAACCCAAAGUUUCCUCUUUGUUGGUCUGAGUUCGUGAAGUUUCCAGAUUCGCCUGUGUUUUGGAGUCUCUCUGAUUCUGAGAAAGCUUUGGUCACAAAGUUCCAGAAGCUGAAAGCUCCAUUCUCUUGUUCCUCUCUCAUUAAUGCUGAGGAGUCAGAGUCAGAAGAGGAAGAGGAAGAAGCUGAGGAAGUGAAGAAGAAACCGAAGAGGAAGGAGGAAGUACUCACAAGAGAAAGAGCAGCGGAGAAGAUGAAGAAGAAGCAAAAGGUUUCUGUGGAGAACAGUGCUGCUCCUCUUACUCCUCCUCCUUUGUUUCACGAACAGAACAUUGUUGCAGAUAUUGAUAUGCAGCAUCUGCAAGAUUUUGAAGGAGAAGGAAGGGUCCUCUCCCUGUGGGAUCGCCGCUUUGAUUUCGACCAUCACAUUCGGCAUCACUUGUUCUCUAGCCCUGACCAGGACAAGCUCCGCCACACCGGCCACACGGAAGUUGGACAUUUCGUGAAGGCGAAUGCACUGAGAAUAGCAGCCGCUACUGAGUUCUUGGUAGAGGAGCUGGAAAAGAAGGAGAGGCAACUAUGCAGGGUGGUGACUAAGCUGGAGAAGGCGGAGAGGGAGGUUGCUAAGUGUUUGGGGGAGCUUGAGAGGGUAAAGAAGGAGUCUGAGUAUACUGAAUUGUGUCUUAUGAGGGAAUGGAAGAAAUCUGUGAGAGUGUCGUUUCAAAAUGCUGUUGAUCAGGUCCAAUUGGGAUUCCCAAAGCUGAAUAUGGAUUCUAUUAUGUUGGAUCCUUUCAAGGUUGUUGAGGGAGAUAAGUUGGUGGAUAUGAAAUCAAGGAGGCAAGAUGGUGUUUUUGCUGUUUCUUCUGUUCUGUAAGACUCAACCAGCACUUGUACUUGGACUUCUCUAGUACUUGACUAUUCUCUCGGUGUUUUUUGUUUAUCAAGUUUAGUAUAUUAGUAAGCAUUUCCUUACUUUUAAUCUCCAUGUGUAUUAGGAUUUUACAAGUUUUACUUUCGACGGUUGUUUUCGCAGUUCAUCAAGCUAGCUUUAUGUUUCAAGAGUUGCAAUAUAUAUGUAUAUUAUCUCA